AUGUAUGAUUCUGCCGUAGAUUAUGAAACAGACAAAAUUGUUGCUCUAGGUGAUAUGAAUCAUAAGGGCAUUUACUGUAAUGCUUUAAAAUGGAAAGAAGAGACUCCUGUUGAGGACCUUAAAAAACGUUGGCAAAACAUUAAGGACACAUAUAAUAGAAGAAAGAAAAAAGGGAAAAGUACAGGUUCUGCUGCAUUCCCCAAACAAACGAAAUGGGCUUUAGCAGACAGUUUGUCAUUUCUUGAUCAAAUAGAGCAUAAAGUUUUGUUGAACGCAAUGAAAUUGAAAAAAAUUGGUCUAAGCAAACCAGAUUCCGUAGACUUAUUUUUCCAUAGUAUCGCAGCUUCGUUAAAAAAUUUAAGGCCAAAUCUAAUCAACGAAGCCAAGUUGAGAACCUUGCACCUGGUAUUUGAACUGGAACAGCGAAAUACUUGCGAACCUUCGCUAUGUUCAGCACCUCCUGCCACAUCGAGUUCAGUUGAUACCGAUAUCACUACCAGUUAUACCUCCCCAGAACAUAAUAGUCAUGUUAAUACCGAUUCCCCUAGCAGGUACAACCUAUUGGAUCUAGACAAUUACUUAACUUAAAAUUGUUCACUUAUUUGAAAUUUAAAACUAGGUGUAUUUUAUUACACUUUUACUUUAUGUAUAAUAAACAUUUUCUUCACAUUAAAUUAUUUAUUUCACUGUUCAAGGGCAUGAACAGAAUGAGUACAUUUUGUUUAUUAAUACCGUAGUCUGGUAAAAUGACAUUUUAUUUAAUACACACUUACCUUAGUGUAAUAGCUAAUUUUUCAUCUGGUGUU